AUGGAACCAUUGGAAAUAGCUCUUUGAAACUCUAUUAUAUUUACUGGUAUUUAGUCAUAAACCAAAGUGUUGAACAUAUUCUAUUUGUGCCCUCAUGGUGGCAGUAGAGGGGAUCAUCAAAGUUAUUAGGAUUCAUCCUCUGAGAACCAUGAACGUCUGUAAGAAACUUGAUGCCAAUCCAUCUUGUUGAUGUUGAGUUAUUUCAGAGGAUAAGUGUAAACUUUGACCUGCUGGUGGCGCUAGAGCAAUAUUCAGGUAUCUGUACCAAAUCUUUAGUUGUUGAGAUAUUUCAUUCGGGACCAAAGUGGUGGAGUGACCGACCAAUGUUGAAAUCCAUAGAGCUCAACUGUCUCCCAACUGUCAACACUGAGGUAUAGUUUUGUUUUUAUCCUGGUAACACAAUGUCGGUUUUUAUCUUUUGGGCUUUGAAAAGGUUUCGUGAACAUCUCAGUCUCUAGUCCAUCACUUGAACAAAGUAAUGUGCAACUAGAUUUAUUAUGUUCUCUUUGAGCUUCUGUAUCCGUAGUGGUUAAACAUUAAGGAGUGUAAAGUUAAUUUUGCACUGGAACUUUGAAAUAGCCAAUAAAGUCAAUUAAGUUGCCCUGCCUUGCAUUUGACUGACCUGCUAAUGCACUGUGACUCUUGCACUGAAAUAUUUACCUUCAGACAGGUAAUCUGAGCAGGUCUCAUUGCAGAGUCUCACCCAGGUGAUCAGCAGGUGACAGAAGCGUCCAGGUAACAUUCCUGUCGCAUUCCAGUCUGUCAAGCCUGACACGCAACGCACAUGCCGAAGGCGUGUCUGAUCCACUGCGGGAUAACUCCGCCUCAGGGUGACUGUGGGAGCACGUCGGAAAGCCACAGGGUCUAUAAGAGCCACGGUGCCACCAGGAACCUGGUCUACAGUGCAGACGGAUCCGACACACAGACACACACGCAGCAUGGCUCAGAAGACGGCUCUGAUCGUUUACGCCCACCAGAGCACCGGCUCGUUCAACGCGGCGGUUCGAGACGUGGCGGUGCAGGAGCUGACGGAGCAGGGCUACAGGGUCGUCGUGUCUGACCUGUACGCCAUGAACUUCAAAGCUAACGCCACCCAGGACGACAUCAUCGGUGAUCUGAAGAACCCGGAGCUUUUCCAGUACGGAGACGAGACCAUGCACGCCUGGAUGGAGGGCCGCCUCAGUGACGACAUCGUAGCAGAGCAGCGCAAAGUAGAAGAGGCUGAACUCAUCAUCUUCCAGUUUCCUUUGUACUGGUUCAGUGUGCCGGCCAUCAUGAAGGGCUGGAUGGACAGAGUGCUGGCACAAGGCUUCGCUUUCUCCCUGGAAAAGAUGUACAAUAACGGCAUUUUCAAGAAAAAGAAAGCGAUGUUGUCCUUCUCGACCGGAGCGACACAGACUAUGUUCCGCCCUGAUGGCAUCAACGGAGACAUCAACAUCUCACUGUGGCCUCUACAGAACGGGACUCUGCACUUCUGUGGAUUUCAGGUUCUGGCUCCUCAGAUAUUCUGGAGUCCGGCUCACUGUCCCCCCGCCGUGCGAACCGCGAUGCUAGAAGGGUGGCGGACCCGACUAAAAGGACUGCUGGCUGAAAAGUGUUUGACCUUUGCCCCCUGCGAGAUGUUUGACCUCAGCUUUCAAGGGGGGUUCAUGCUGCGGCCCAAGGUGAAGGAGGAGCAAGAGUCGCAGCCCUUCGGUAUCACCACGGGACACCAUUUAGGGAAACCGCUGCCGCCUGACAACCAAAUCAAAGUUCAACCCACUGAUGAGAAUAGUGUGAAACCAUCCUGCAGGAACUAGAACCUUCUCUUCACUCAUGAAUGUGCCUUUAAACCAUCUAUAUACUGUAUGUGACAAGAUUACUUUAAUACCAAAAUACUGUAUGACAAUGAAAAAACUCUGCACACGGUCUCACUUACUGCUGAAAUAUUGAAAAAGUCUUUGGACGAAUUGAGACUAGUGUCCUUAAUAUGUUUGAUCUUAAGUCACUUGUUUUCUAUUUUUGAUCUUUGGGGUCACAUAGAUGUUACUUAAGAUUUAUUGGUGUUGUUAUAUUCUGUCAUUUUGUAUUCUUCUAAUCUUUUUAAUGCUUUUGCGACGGUGACAGGAUAUUUGUUGUGUUAGUUCAACGUUCUCAUCAGUCAAACUAAUGUUUAUAGUCCUCUGAUUGGAUGAUUGAGGCAGCUCCUAUGUACUCCCUCUCUAUAUAUAUAUGUAUGGAAGUGUGUUGAUGCCGCUGAAACGUUGUGAUCUAAUAAAUAUUCCAGCAGUAAGUGAGAAAGUGUUUAAUGAAGCUGAAAUAAAACCAUUUAGAACAAUGAC